AUGGACACAAUUAAUCGUCUUUUAAAGAAACAAGCAUCUAAAAAACGAUCAAAAGACCAGGAUGAAACUGAUAGCAUUAACAAAGAUGAUAGUAGUACGAAUUCACAAAUACCAAUUGCAUUUCAUUAUGUUUCCAACAAGGAUGGUUGUACCCUAUCAAUUCCACUUGACGUUGAGAUACCAAUUAAAUUUUCAAAAGGACCAAAUUAUCCACCACCCGUUCCCAUAUGUUCAGUAUCUGGUUGUACGCGUCCUAAGAAGUAUCGUUGUGUAAAUACGCUCAAAUAUGCAUGUUCCAUGGAACAUCUUCAAAUGAUGGACACGCGUGUCAAACAAAGUUUUUGA